AUGGCAGGGCAGUCGAGUGUGGGAGGCGAGGCAGCAAGUGUGGAGGAGCGAGUUGGGAACUCCACACUCGAAUAUCAAACCCUUGGAGGGGAAUUAGUCCCUCCUGGGACACCUUUUGAGGCGCUUCCAGACGCUGCUCCUGGCGACAGCAGGGCAGGCAGCGGAAAGGAGAAAGUAGGAAACUCUGUACUAGCUUCCCAUGCACCUCAAGCAGACUUGGCCACUCAUGGGCUGCCACGUGUUCUAAAAGAGAGAGCACAGGAAUCCGAGAAGAGAGCAGAGAACGAGGGAGAGGAUGAGACGAUGCAGGUGACUAGCAGAGGCGGUGAACAGGAACAGGCGGCGGAGGGGAGCAGUAGUCCGUGCAGCGGUGAGUGGAUCUCCUCCCUCACCCGGCGAGGCAUCCGAGAGAUCUCGAUCGCGGGGGACUCGCACCACCGCAUGCUUGCCGCCCACUUGUUCUACAUGCUGUCGGGCGAGGCCGACCUGGCGAAUAGGAAGGGGCGGCACGAUCUGGCGUUUGUGGCGCGGAACGGGAGGAACGAGACGCUAAGGAUUAAUUUCUACUGGGUGGACGGGAUCUACCGCAACGACGAGUUCGGCUGCACGCACAGAGGGGCCUUUUCGCAGCACUACGACUCCUUUCCCAACAUCUCCCUCUCAAGUGACGUCAUCAUCAUCAACAGUGGCUAUUGGGCCGGCAAGCGUUGUCUGCAUCCGCUCUCCGCCCUCAGCACCCACCUCCCUGAAUACCUCGCCUGGGCCCAAUCCCAAGCCGCCUCCGCCGCUGCUUCUGCCGCCCAAGCCUCCUCCGCUGCUGUUGCUGCUGCUGCCACUGCCACCAACCUAGGUGAUCCUUCUCCUGCUGGUUCAGACCCGAGCAGUUCUGAUUUUGCCAUUCAAUCGACAGCAGCAGCAGCAGUAGCAGCCUCCCUGACAACAGGUGCAUUCUCAUCCCCCCUCUCUCCAGCACCAAGCGGGGCCAGCCUUAGGGGGAAUUCAGCAGCUGCUCUCAGCAGGCAGUCUGCAGCAACAGGUGGUGCUGAAAGGGCAGAACGCCUGUUACGCAGUAACAUCACAAGCACCACCACCACCACCAGCGCCGCCGUUGCCGCCGUCGCCGCCGCCACAAGGGCAGCAGCCACAGGGGUAGAAGCCACAAGCACAAGUCGCCGGGUUCGGUUGAUCGUGCGAGCGGCACCGCCAGUGCCCAACGGAGGAGACAGCUGCAGCAUUGCCAGCCGCAUUUAUGAAGGCCCCGCCACCAACCUCUUUCUCUCUGCUGCUAACCACCUGACCAGAAACCUGGUCGACCAGAUAAACGCAGGCAGUUCUGUCCCCCAUAUUGAGUAUUUUGAUAGCUGGCAAGUGGAGGCACCGCGGUUUAUGGAUGUGUGUCCUCGCGAUCAUCACUUUCACUGCUACGGGUCGAACGGGCAGGGGAAGGUGGUGAUGAGAGGGGACGUUGGGGAAGCUGUUGUCAGGUCUUUGAUUCAUUACAUAGAGCAUGGGGGAAAGGGAGGGUACUAA